GCUGAAUUCAAGCCACUGCCAACCGCCAGCGUGUCUUGGGAAGACCAUGGAUCGACAUGCCCAGGCGGCGGAGCGGCUGCGCGUGGCGGCAAAGGAACGGCAGCAGAGCCCUGAGGGCUUCGUCAAAGAGCUGCAGAAUGCCAUGGCGGAGCUACAAGUUCCUUUGGCCGAUCGGAGCUUCAGGAAGAAUUUCUCGAGAAAUUACAAGGUACUUUUCCAGGCUAACCCGAAUGGUUACAGAGUGGAAGUCCUGGAAUCGGUCUUGGACUUGAACGCCACCGUCUAUGUGAACAGAAGAAUGCAUUGGAUCACAGGCCUUUCAAUGAGAAAGGGACAUGUGUUGCAGCAACGCCUGUCACAGCUUUUUUCUUUGCUCGAGAGCAGCGAGGUGAAGCUGGGUGCUUUGUGGAAGCUGCUGCAGGACCUCGAUGAGGCUUGGAUGGAGUUUGAGAAACAUUACAUCAUGGAUUUGAUUGACAUCGAGGCGGAAGCCCGUCAGCCGGUGGCUGACGCAGUGACGUUAGAACUUCAAUUGCGACAAGCUGAAGAACAGCGACCUCCGAGGGAAGAGGAGGAGGUUCACUGGCUCGGCCGUCGCGAGCGAUUGCCCUGGACCGCGCAACUCGAGGAACACAACGUCUGUGACCACGCCAUCCGCGGCGCGGGUGUGGUGCCACGCUCCAUGCCAUCGAUCAGCGCCGUCAGUCAGUGGUUGGCCAAGAGGACGUCGACGCAGAAUGAGACCCCUUUGGAUCUUCAGCAGCUGGCGGUCUCUGCGGCCUCCGAGGCCAAUGCCAGUGCCUCGGAGCUGGAGAGGACGGAGAAGAUGAAGGAACUGCUGCGGAAGGUCUGUGAAAUCAAUUCCAACGCCAACGUCCGUGGUCGAGGACGUCCACAGAUGGGUUUCCACGUCUUGCAAGCGGCUGCCGACGACUUCUUAGCCUGUCAGGCGUCGGAGCCGACACUCGAGACCAGCGUGCAAGCGGCCUUUGCCAAACAUGUGCUGGAAGGGUUUCUGCACUUGAGGAGUUAUUUGUUUGACAUGCGCGGUCGAAUGCUGGAGAUCGACCCCCAGCUUCAGAACAACCGACAGCUGCAAAAUUGUUUAGUCGCUUGGGAAGAUGCCUGGGAGUUGGGUUCACGUUUCCUGCGUCCGCACGACGUCUCGGGCGCCUUAUGCUCCGUGGCGGCGCAGCUGGGGACGCUGCAGCAGGAGCAUCAGGAUUUCGCCAGCCUGGUGGAGUCACAAGAGGCGGAACUCUUCUUGGUGCUGCCCAGGCUGGUCUUGCUAUGUUCUCUUGCCGGCCCAGAGAGGUCCUCGCCCUUCACGGCCACGAUGCUUCCCAGCCAUUUUGAGGAGGUCAGUGAAGGUGAUGAUCUGGGCUCCGUGGGUCCUGAUUUCUCCCGAACCGCUGAGUGGGAUGAGCUUUUGAAGAAGUUCAAAGACCUGGAGCAAGAACGCUCUUGGCGGCAACUUGUGGAAAAUGCCUUGCGGGGCCCGUCCAGCGCACAGGAUGAGCCGAUGAAGGCGUUCUUGACGCAACUUGAAGCGUUGGGCUUCGAACUCACACGCCGAAGGCCAGAGGAGUGGAACAGCUGCUGCUCUCUGCUGCUUCGAUGCUCCAUGGCCGUCGUGGACAAGGCGCAGACAACGUAAAGAACGUCCACCUAACGAGGGGCGUUGUUUUUGUCGGCGGCAGAAGCUCCGCCUGGGCAUGCGGUUCACCGGUGGACGGUACCCAUCAACACUGGCGCCGAGUUCAGGAUGAGUGAGUGAAAAGGAG